GCUGCUGCUGCACUGGCCUCGGGCACUUGGCACACGAGCCUGGCCUGUGCUGUCCCGUUUUGGUGGCCGCGGCAGCAGAACUGACCCCUUUCUCUGCUCUCUCCUCCCGCCCCCCAGGGGUCGCUGGACUGACUCCAAGCUGGUGUGCCGAGCGUCCGCGCAGCUGCUGGCGGCCGGAGCGCGGGAGUCAGCAUGGCGGCCGGCGUCGCGGCCUGGCUGCCCUUUGCCCGGGCGGCGGCCAUCGGGUGGAUGCCGGUGGCUAACUGCCCCAUGCCCCUGGCCCCGGCCGACAAGAGCAAGCGACAGGAUGAGCUGAUCGUGCUGAACGUGAGCGGGCGCCGCUUCCAGACGUGGAGGACCACACUGGAGCGCUACCCGGACACGCUGCUGGGCAGCACGGAGAAGGAGUUCUUCUUCAACGAGGACACCAAGGAGUACUUCUUCGACCGCGACCCCGAGGUCUUCCGCUGCGUGCUCAACUUCUACCGCACCGGCAAGCUGCACUACCCGCGCUACGAGUGCAUCUCGGCCUACGACGACGAGCUGGCCUUCUACGGCAUCCUGCCCGAGAUCAUUGGCGACUGCUGCUACGAGGAGUACAAGGACCGCAAGAGGGAGAACGCCGAGCGCCUCAUGGACGACAACGACUCGGAGAACAACCAGGAGUCCAUGCCGUCGCUCAGCUUCCGCCAGACCAUGUGGCGCGCCUUCGAGAACCCCCACACCAGCACCCUGGCCCUGGUCUUCUACUACGUCACGGGCUUCUUCAUCGCCGUCUCGGUCAUCACCAACGUGGUGGAGACGGUGCCGUGCGGCACGGUGCCCGGGAGCAAGGAGCUGCCGUGCGGCGAGCGCUACUCGGUGGCCUUCUUCUGCCUGGACACGGCCUGCGUCAUGAUCUUCACCGUGGAAUACCUGCUGCGGCUCUUCGCCGCGCCCAGCCGCUACCGCUUCAUCCGCAGCGUCAUGAGCAUCAUAGACGUGGUGGCCAUCAUGCCCUAUUACAUAGGUCUGGUCAUGACCAACAACGAGGACGUGUCCGGGGCGUUCGUCACGCUGCGCGUCUUCCGCGUCUUCCGCAUCUUCAAGUUCUCCCGCCACUCGCAGGGCCUGCGCAUCCUGGGCUACACGCUCAAGAGCUGCGCCUCGGAGCUCGGCUUCCUCCUCUUCUCCCUCACCAUGGCCAUCAUCAUCUUCGCCACUGUGAUGUUUUACGCCGAGAAGGGCUCCUCCGCCAGCAAGUUCACGAGCAUCCCGGCCUCCUUUUGGUACACCAUCGUCACCAUGACCACCCUGGGAUAUGGAGACAUGGUGCCCAAGACAAUUGCAGGGAAGAUCUUCGGCUCCAUCUGCUCCCUGAGUGGCGUCCUGGUGAUUGCCCUGCCAGUCCCCGUGAUUGUUUCCAACUUCAGCCGGAUUUACCACCAGAACCAGAGAGCUGAUAAACGCAGGGCACAAAAGAAAGCCCGCCUUGCCAGGAUCCGCGUGGCCAAAACGGGCAGCUCCAACGCCUACCUGCACAGCAAGCGCAACGGGCUCCUCAACGAGGCGCUGGAGCUGACGGGUACCCCUGAGGAGGAGCACAUGGGCAAGACCGCCUCACUCAUCGAGAGCCAGCACCAUCACCUGCUGCACUGCCUGGAGAAAACCACUGGGUUGUCCUAUCUUGUGGAUGAUCCCCUGUUAUCUGUACGAACCUCCACCAUCAAGAACCACGAGUUCAUUGAUGAGCAGAUGUUCGAGCAGAACUGCAUGGAGAGCUCGAUGCAGAACUACCCGUCCACCAGGAGUCCCUCGCUGUCCAGCCACGCGGGCCUCACCACCACCUGCUGCUCCCGCCGCAGUAAGAAGACCACACACCUGCCCAACUCCAACCUGCCAGCCACUCGGCUGCGCAGCAUGCAGGAGCUCAGCACCAUCCACAUCCAGGGCAGCGAGCAGCCCUCCCUCACCACCAGUCGCUCCAGCCUUAAUCUGAAAGCAGACGACGGACUGAGACCAAACUGCAAAACAUCCCAGAUCACCACCGCCAUCAUCAGCAUCCCUGCUCCCCCAGCGCUAACCCCAGAGGGCGAGACUCGGCCACCCCCUGCCAGCCCAGGCCCCAACACGAACAUUCCUUCCAUAGCCAGCAAUGUUGUCAAGGAGGGUGAGGUCAGCUGAGCCUGGGCCCUCGCUGCCCAGCUGACGUGCACAGAGCUGCCAAGUGACCACGUGGCAACCCGUCUGCUCCGUCUGUCCCUCUCCCCUUUGUCUCUGUACCUCUCUGCUUGCCCCGGCUGUUUCUCUCUCCCAGCCAUCUCUCUCUCCACGGGCCCUACUGAUCCCGAGACGCGCUUGCAAAGCCUUCUCCGUCACUGGCAAGUGUGACAGACUCGUGCCUGGGAGCCGCAUCUGUGUGAAUGCCAUUGCAGAAGAGGAAAGAAUGAAGCAGAACCGGGGCGAGUUGAGGAGCGAGAAGAUGCUUCCCUGGUGAUCGGAACCGCUGGUAUCCGUAGAUCCAUUUCCAGGGAAGAAAGGGAAUGAUCAGAUUUAUCUCUGGAGUCUUGAAAAAGGAAAAAAGCUGAUGCCGGAGAAGCGGCCAGCUUGGGCAUGUGCCAGUGAAGGGAACAUGAGACCCCGGGCGUGGGGCCGCGCUCAGCCCUGUGGUCCCUUGCUACGUCCCCUUGUUUUGGGACCCACCAUACAGCCCAUCCGGAGCUCUGCCCAAAGGCCCCAGGAGCACUUUACUCCAAGGAGGACAAUGGUCCAAGACCAGGAACCUUCUGACUACCGCAUGCCUGGGGCUGCUCCCAGAUGGAGGCUGCUGAAGCUGAAGCCCCUGUGUCCCGUGAAAGAUGCUCCAAAAGCGUCCAAGCAAGCAGGGGACUCUCACUGACUCCCGCCUGGUCCGGAAGAUGCCUUGAGGUCUGAAGAGUCUUCGGGCCUGGUCUCUGAAGAUGCCUGGAGUGUGGGAGAAGCGGGAGACCCUCCAUUCAAGAGAGGGAGUGCAGAUGAUUUCUAGAAGACCCAAACAGCACUUCUGUCCAAGUGGCUUGCACUCUGGUGGGGCUGGGAACAACGUUGCCGGAAUUCUCCAAACCGUUUUCACUGCUUAAAGCAGAGCAGGUGGGCCUCAGGGUUAGUGACAAAUUCUCCCUGCCCUCCCAACCCUCAUGACCCUAUUGCAACCUGUGUGCCAGGGCUCUGAGUUCCAGGUGUUUAUCAAAAGCUCCUGAGCCAUUCUGCAGCCUAGUGAGUAGCAGCUGCUUUGCAGGCCAGGACUGCCUCUGCCUACCCCAGUCAUCUAGAUGAGGUCCACCGGCCAGGAACUUAACCACCCCAUAGGGCUUCCCCAUGACCUCAGCUCCAUUGACCCUGGACGCAGGCAAGGUCAAAGGGUUCCGAGGUGGCAGCUAAGCAGGCAAGGGCAGAGAAGAGGGAGCCUUCUUUCCAUCUUGAUCUCUCAUGCUUAUCCUCACUGACCACUGGCCGAUGCCUCUCUCUCUGAGUGUGGCCUCAAGGAUUCCCCUUACUACCAUGAGAAUGGGGUGCAUCCUGCCCUCUGAGCUUAUCAUGAUCUGACAAAGCAGACGCUUUACCAUACAACAGCAGAGGAGUGCACAGGUGUCCACACAACCAACCUGAACAUAUCCAAGAGUAAGCACUUAAAUCCAUUCCCUCGGUACACGUGUCACCAGGGAAGGGAGAGGACCAGGCUCCAUUUGAAGGGCAGGCAAAGGACUAGAAAAGGAAUGGCUGAUCCUCUAAGUUAUACCUCCAAAGAGCUGAGUAGCCGAAGGCAUGAAGGGGUGAUAGGGACAUGGUUGUAAACACAUACAAUUGCCUUGCUUAAUUUGAAAACAAGUCCUCACAGGGUUAGGGUAAUGACUGAUAGAGUACACCAAGGGAGCACGAGAGUAGUUCCCACGAGAAUAAAUGUCGAAAGUCGUGUCGCAAAAAGAUUUCCUAUGUGUUUAUUGAACUGAAUGUUUUGUGUUCCUUCAGUUUCAUUCCCCAAACCCACAUCAUGCCAGUUCCUAAAAGACUGUUAGACCAUCCCUUCAUCUCCAUCCCCCAUGGUAGCCUUAGCUGAAGACAAAGGGCCCAGUUCACUUCUGGUCCAACAGACAUCAACCCAGGAAAAUGGCUCAUCUAUACAACAGCAUACCACCAAACUACACUCCUAAAGGUUAUUCAUAAGUAAACACAGGUCCAAAGUGUGCUGAGUCUAAGCCUACUAGCCAGUGACUGAAGAACCGGGAUAUCAGGAUUUUCUGGGGGCCAACAGUUGUCUGGGGUGAUGAUGACUCUUGAGCUUCAUGGUCCAGGAACUACUUCAGCAUAAUAGAAGUUUCUCAAAACCACUUAUCCCAUUCACGAAGCAUCAGUGGGAAACAAGAAGCCAGCAAACAAAAAACCUGAGAGCUAACAUUCAAAUGUCCAAUGAAUGACUACUUGGGAAAUAUAGUAUUGAGUGUAUCCGAAUUAGAAGAGACUUAAGAUCGAAUUCAUUUCACAUUAUAGGAAGCUGAGGCCCAGAGAAAUUGACUUGCUCAAGGUCAUGCAGUGAUUUAAUGAAAGAGCUGGCACCAGAAUACGAGAGGAGUCCCUUGGCUGUUAGUCUAGCACCUUUCCCACCACAUCCACUGCCUUUCAGAGCAGUGAUGCAUUGGAGAAGACUCUUCAAAGAAUUCACGCUAUAAUUACAGACAUAGCCGGGUGUCAGUGUUGGUACUACUUGGCCACACCUGGCUGGACUAACAUAAACCAUACUUCAGAAGCCAUCAUGCCCUGGGUAGAACCAGCUGUGGCCUAUCAGUUCUGUCAGAAGGUGAACAGAUGAGCAGUCAAGUUUCUUUCCAUCACAUGCUGACUGUUCACCGUGGAGAGGCAGCCAGGGCAAUGGCAUUUCAAAGCAUGCCUUCUGAAGUCCUUUUGAUCCUUACUACAGUCUGAUGGUAGUAGGUCAAGUCGCUAAAUCUUCGAUUCAAAGAGAGCAAAACACGUGUGAAGAAGCCGAGUGGCUUAUCCGAGUUCACAUGGCAAGUUAGUGGCAGAACUGACUGCAACCCAGGACUUAAGUCAUCUUGCCCUGGGGUUUUUGCCCCCACACCAUGUUGCAUUGCUCUGGGGCUUGCUUAUUCCAUCUUUAAUGCCUGGAGGAGGUAGCAUUCUUGAAGAACCAGGAACUGCAGAAGCUGACUAUUUCUUUCCUCCAUCCUCUGCUUUCCUAAUUAGUGUCCAGCUCAGAACUAAUUGCAUAGAAUCCCUUCCAAAAGUUCAAGUUAUUCUGAAUGCCAGUUGAAGACAUUACUCUACAGUAUCAUAGAAUUUAAACAAAUUAGACAGCUACCAUUGAUCCAUAGAAACAAAAAAGGCAGCACUGACUUCAGGAUUUGCUGAGGACCUUAUUCACCUUUCAAAGUAAGAUUCCUACAAUUCAGGAUUAGAUCAUUUGUUAGAAUAUAGACAGGGAAAGUGUACUGUGAGACAUUAGGUGUCUAGAUUUUUGUCUCUUUUAAUUUUGCAGAAGUAGUGGUUGAAAUUGAGCUAACGCUAGACUCUGAAGUUAUUAGUGGAGUCUGGUCACCCAGGUUCCCGCGUCAAAUCACCAGGCAGCGACGAGGCAGAAGCAUCGCAGCACUGUUCAUGUAAGACUGUUAGUGCCCCUUCCACACUGGUUGGCGUGGUAACCCUGACCAUUAGGACCUUUACUUUCCCUCUCCUAUUUCCUAAUGAAAUCUCAUUAUUUGCAAAGCUUGAGUGGCGGAUGAAGGAAAAACAUGAUUAGGACCCGUGACCCUUGGAGCCCAAACAGCAUCAUGAAGAACAUCGAUAAAAUUGAGAGAAAGUGGCUAUCAGAAAAUGAAACAGCUUCCAAGGGGUUCUUUUGAGUCUUGUUUUCUAUUCAGAACGUUCUGUGUUCUUUCUCAUCAAGUGUAGGGAUGACAUCCAUCUUAGCAGGUUACUUAAUACACUGGCACUGACCCAAGUCCUGGGGUGGGGACGGGGCACCUGGACCAAUGGACUAUUUUACAAACCUGGGAGGUGGGAGGGAUGGUAUAUUUUUGAUAACCAGACAUUCCAGUAUGUUUUCCUUAGAGGUCACCCCCCCAUUAAUGUUAUCGUGAAAAACAUCAAGUGUGUUCUUUUCUAUUUUCAUAUAAUAAAUGGGCUUAAAGGCUUACCAACAUCACAAUGGCAAAGAAAUAUUCUGUACAAAACUGCAGGAAGAUAAAUGUGAAAACUUUGUAUGGGAAAAAAAAACUCUUUGAGUUUCCUGUUGUCUUCUUUUGAAACUGUAGUGCAUAUGUUAAACCAUGUAUAUCAUUUACAGUAUUGAGUCGUGUGCCACUGCUGUACCCGAUGUAUCCAAUCUGGAUUAAACAAACUAUGUGCCACAAACCCUAAAA